AUGAAAAAAACUUUUAAUGAAAAAGUGUUCGAUCUCAGAACACAAAAAAUAAGAUUAAUACAUGAAUACAAACAAUUCAAGUUAGAUAUUAGUAUGAUACAAAAGGAGUUAAAUGAUCCAGAAAUAAUAACGCCAUCAGAUUUCCCUGAAGUCCUAAUAGAUGAAUCUAUUGAUCCCAGCUUGAUUGAUUCGUUUGAACCAAUUUAUCACUGUGAUCCGAUGGAUUUGAUUUUUAAUCCCGAAUUAAGCCCUUUGUAUAAAAAUGCAUAUUUUUACGAAGAGCCUACUCAUGAAGAAAUCAUUAUGCAACAAAUGAGAAUUGAUAAACUAAAAUACAGACAUAUGCAUUUGCACGAAACAAUGUUAAAGAAGAUCAAAAUGUUUGAUGAAAAUCUGUUUAAAUUGAAUAAAAUGCGAAUAGACGUUAAACUUGAGAUUAUAUUUCUUGAUUUAUGGGCUACAACGUUAGAAGAAGAAAUGUUAGUUUUGUACGAUUUUGAUUUACUUGAAGAUGAUCUUUCGUACAAUGUACAUAUUAAAACAGGGGAACAAAAUGAUAAAGCUCAACAAGUAAUAUUUUAUACAAAGAAUUCAAGAUGA